AUGAAUGCCCCUCCGGGCUUCCUGGCCUUCGUGGACCAGCAGACGCCCGGGACGUCCCCGAACAAGCCGUCGCCGCUCUCGAGGACCGCCCCCGCGCGGGCCAUGCAGACGGAGCCGCUCCAGGGGACCCCAGGGCCGGGCACCUACGAGGCUGCGACGAGCUUCGUGCCACGCCACGCCAUCAUCGCGGGGAAGAGCAUGGCCGCGACGGAGCGCAUCGCGCGCGUCUUCAUGGAGCCGUACGCCGCGUCCAUCGUGAACAACCCCGGGAAGCAGAUCCUCCGCGGCGCCCCCGCGUGGCGCAUGGGCGUGCGGGACCGCUCGCCCGGGAAGCUGCACAUGGGUGCGCACGCCGGGUCCGGCUCCGGCGCGCACUCGCCGGGCCCCAAGUACUACCCGAAGACCGAGAGCAGCGCGGUCGCCGCGCGCCUCGGCACGGCCGACCGUGACAGGGAUGCCAACCUGCGAUACCUGUCUGCCGGGCACUCCGAGUCCCUGAAGGGUCACUUGUCGCCCGGGCCGAUUUACCGGUCGCCGAGCGGGAAGGGCAUCGCGAAGACGAUCGGGGACGCGCCGGUGACGGUGUUCGGGACGAGCCAGCGCAGCGAGGUCGUUUCGCGCGCCUCGCUGCACGUGCCCGGCCCCGGCGCACACGACGUGCAGUCCGACGCGCCGUCCGCGCACGUGCGCGGCGGGCGCUUCUCGCCCGUCAAGUCGCGCCCCACGUCGCCGAUGCGCUUCGACCGCUUCCAGACGCCCUUCAUCUCCGCCGCGCACUCCACUGCCGACAACAUGCGCGCCAAGUACAACCCCGGAGUGGGGGAGUAUUUGCCGUGCUCGCCAGAGCAAACGUCGCGCAUGAAGCGACAGGGUGCGAGCCCGUUCGGCCGCGCGCACCGCGACCCGGGCGUCGUCGGCGAGCAGCGUGCGUUCGUCGACGAGGGCUUCCUGCGCAUGGGAACCUCGGGCGCGGAGUACCAGGACGUGCCGGACGAGUGGGCGUACAAGCCCCUGGUCAACCACGCCUCGUUCGCGAAGGGCGAGCGCUUCGUGCGGCCGGAGCUCGGGACCUCCAAGGCCGGCCCGCUCAUCUCCUCGCUGCACGCGAAGCACAGCCAGUGCGGCGCGGAGGGUCCCGGCCCGCAAGCCUACGACGUGCUGGCGCUCGAGGAGCACAUGCGCGCGAAGCGCAACGCGCUGUCGUUCGCGCGGCAGCCGCGCGACCUCGCGUCGCUGCGGCAGAACGAGACGAUCGGGCCCGGCCCGGGGGCCUAUUACCCGCGGGCGGGGCCCGACACCCCCGGUUGGCGCAUGGGGUCGCGGCUCGAGAACGAGGGGGCGCUCGGGGCGGCGAUGAAGACCGCGGACGCGCCCGGGCCCGGCGCGUACGAGGUCGACAAGGCGACGAGCGCGCAGAAGAAGGCCGGGUACUCCUUCGGAAGCGCCAAGGACCGCCGCAGCUUCAUUCCUCCGAGCGUUACGCCCGGGCCCGGCGCGCACCACCCGGACGAGCCCGAGACGUCGCGCUCGGCGUCGCCCGUGAAGUUCGGGAGCGAGGCCGGCACGGAAACGCGCAGGGGGUCGCCUGGGAAGCAGCGCGGGCAGAGCUUCGGCGCCCGCACCGAGGGCGGCUUCAUCUCGCAGGCGCACUCCGCCGCGGACGGGUAUGCGAAGAACAGCCCCGGGCCGAAGUACAGCUACGGGCUGGAGCACACGCACCGCCGGGCGUCGAUGCACCGGUUCGGCAAGGGCACGCGCGACGCGCUGACGAAGCUGUUCACGGGCCACAGGUCGGUCUCGAGCGGCUCGAAGGACGCCCCGGGCCCCGGCGCGUACGACGUGCGCGGGUUCCGCGACCCCCAGGGCAACAAAUUCGAGAGGCACGGGGGCUACUCGUUCGGGACGUCCAAGCGCCCUCCGCUGGCGACGGUCCGUUUCUAA